ACAUUUUCAUCAUUAUAAGAAUCCAAAACCCAUCCACUAAUUUCUCAAAGCUAACAUAACAUAACAACAAACUCAAAAUCUGCAACUCAACUUCGUCCUUUCUUGAAGACAAUUGAUCAAUGGCGGCACCUUUGAUCAUAAGAUCUCCAGCAACAUUAACAAUGACAUUAAUGGCAGCAUGGCUAGUACUGUGUAGCACGGCGUCUCGCAUGGUAGGUGGAAAAACAGAGGUUGCAAACGUGAGAACAAACGACGAGGUGCAAGAACUGGGAAGAUUUGCGGUGGAGGAGUAUAACCGGAGUGUGAAGAUAUGGAAGGAAGGGGAAGGAGAGUUAAGGUUUGUGGAAGUGGUGGAGGCGCAACAACAAGUAGUUUCUGGGAUCAAAUACUAUAUGAAGAUAUGGGUUACACAAGCGAAGAGUGAUGGUGUUGGAGAUCCAACAAUGUUUGAUUCAGUGGUGCUUGUUAAGCCAUGGCUGAAUUCAAAACACCUUCUCCACUUUGCUCCUUCCCCUCAAUAAUGACUAAUUAAUUGUAGUUACUUAGUUUGGUAUAUGCUUCCACAACUUGAUAUGAUAAUGUAUAUUAGCACUAGUAAUCCUCCUACUCUUAACAUCCAUCAUGUACUAAAUCAACUUUUAAGUAUCAGCUACAACUACCUAGUCUAAAUACUCAAUGACAUUAUUGCACUUUUGAACUUUACCACUAAUAACUAAAUGUUAUCAAGA